AGAAAAUUUUAACUGCCAUUUAACAGGAGACUGGAUAUACAAAUUAUGGUUCGACUGAACACCGGUCCCACCCUGUGUACCGCUGGGGGCAGGAACUACGCUGCUGCUUUUGUGCCUCCUGAACUGGGUCAUCAGCCACUUUCAUCAGCUGUCCAAAGCAAUAAUGUUUUACAAUUUGGCAACUUGACUUCCUGGCUCUCUGCUCUUCAGAUCCACAUAUUGAUUUCCUCGACCAGUGACACCUGAGUGUUGGAUCUGAACAGGGUGGCUCUGGUGACUGAAAUGGCAUCCUCUCUAAAGGGCCUCGGCCCUCUCUUGGCCCUGCUGUUUGCCCUAGGUGGGUGGCUUGUACACAGCCAGAACCUUUCCUGGAGAGAAUUCAUGAAACAGCACUACCUGAGCACAAGCUGGAAAUUCAGCGACUACAAAUGCAAGGAUCUCAUGAGGGAAAGAGAAGCUCCACGCGACAGGAACUAUCACAUCUUCAUCUAUACCUUUUGGCACAAAAUCGAGCAUAUUUGCCUCAGGAAGUGGAGAGACCAUUACAGAAAUGUAUAUAUAUGGGCCCAGCAUCCCUUCAAAAUACUCAAGUGCUACCAGGAGGGCAACCAAAAGAGCUACAGAGAGCACAGCAGCUACAGCUACGUUGAAUUCCACUGUGGUGCAAACGGGGCUCGGAACCCUUCCCUGCUGCACGCAGGCUGCGCUGGCAUACCUGGCAGAGGAACAGCAGACAAAAGCCUCUGAGCCUGGGACUAACCACGGCCUCUGAUCUCAGCGGGAGCGCCAGCACGGAGACCUGAAGAGAUGAUGCUGGAUCUUCUGGGACCGUUUCCUCUCAUCCUGUUGCUGCUGGGAUCAUGGGGGCCAGUGCAACCACUUGGUGCUUGGCCUCCACACUCCACCAGGGCUCAGACGUUUGAAAUAUCACAUAUAAGAUCA